UCCUGUGGAAUUAGUCCAAGCUUACCAAAAAUUACGCCUUUUUGAAUGGAGGAAGAGGUCAAAGGAGAUCACCCACCGGCCAAUCUUGAAGAUGCUGUUGUUGAAUUUACCAAGGCUCGAGUUCAGCGGAUUGCAGAGAGGAGAGCCAGGAUUGCAGAGAAAAUCACAGCCAGAAAAAAUGCGGAAGGUCUGGGCGAAGUUGCUUCAGUGGCAUCGUCCAUGGAGCUCCUUGUAGAAGAUGAAAAGCCGAAUACUGCUGACGCUGGUGGUGACAAGAGUGGACAUGGUCACUCUAAAAAGCUACAACAUGAGAAGAUUGAAAAGGAUGAAGUGAAAAAGAAUCAGAGUGCUGUCGAACAAUUAGAUCAACAGAUUGAGGAGAGUAGGAAACAAUUGGAGCAAAUGAUUCUGGAUGGUGAAGUUUUGAUAACAAAUGUAAAAGUGGCGGCCGAGUAUCGUGAGAAAGUUCGUCAGAAAAAGCAGGAAGAAAGUCGAAAAGAGAACUUAAAAAGACUUCGGCAAGAAGCAGAGGAAAGUCAAGCCAUGUAUGACGCUUUGGCUUCAAACUGGGCCAUGAAAGCGGAAAAAAUGCUUCCAAUGGAGCUGUACAAACAGAUGAAAUCUCAACAAGAAUCCUGCGAUGAACUUCUCACCAAAAAAGAUGACUUGAUAAUAUUUCUUCGUCGAGAGAUGGACGAGAAUGAUUUUGAUUAUGAGGGGAGUUUAGAAAAAUACCAGAAAGACAGUAUGCUCAUGGGAGAUCGGAUUGAUGACCUUGUAGACGAAUUGAGAACAGCAUUCAUCGAGGAGCUCAAUCUGAUUGAGGAUUACACUUGCAAAAAUAGAGAAGUGCUUUUGGAAGACAAUCAAAAUGAAUGGAUGGAUCUACUUCAACACUUUGAACUGAUGGAGCAAAAGAAUUUGGAUGAGAGAAAGUCGGAUGCACUCGCCAAGUUUCAGAUUCUUAAUGACCAUUUCACGUCGACGAAACAGGAAGCGAGGCAGCUGCGACACAAGAUGGAGGACGACCUUCGGGUCCUAAUUCAAGAACGGGAGCAGAUUAAGUAUGCCUGUCACCUCAAUUUAGAAAAGGUUACCUAUAACUUACACGUACUUAAGUGUCGGUCCAAGGAAAAUGUAGAGCUGAAAAAUAGAAUGAAACGGCUUUUACUGCAACUUCAUGAUAAAUUUGAUACAAAAGCAGCCAGUCUUAAAAAGAAAAUGGACAUGGGAAAGAAACACACGGAGAAAUUGACAAAGGAAAUUCUGCGAUUGGAAUCUCAAGUAGAUUCAUUUGGGCAGAAAACUUUACAUAUUGGUUUACUUGAUCAUAGAAAGUUUAUCGAUUUAUGGGAAGCUAAUGAAGAACUUAUUCGGGACAAAGUAAAAAGCUUGCUAGACAGCGAUAAAUUUGUGUAUGAAACGCAGUUGGGUGUGGAAUAUGCUCUGCCUGAUAUUUCUUCAGUUUUUGAAUCUAGACCAAUUGAGAUUAACAGCAGUUUGCGAAAAAAGGUUCACAGCAUUGUUGAUAAACAAAACGUAAAAAGUAAUAAGGAAUCAAAAGGCCAAUUAAAGGAGAAUUCAGAGGAUGAAGAUGACGAGAAUUCCUCCAUUGGAGUUGAUAAAACUAUAACAAAAACAGACGAUGUCCAGUUGGCUUGCAAUAAUGAGAAUCCCAGUCUCAUCAUUAUGCCAACAUCAUCUCUGGAAUUUAUCCCUGGUCCUGACCCUGACCCAGUGAUCCAACGUCGUCUCAUGAAAGGAAUCGCAAAAGUAAUUUGUAAUCAAAGUGGAUUCAUUGUCGAAGAAGAGUUACAAAGAAUUUUGGAACCUUUGUUGGAGACGGAGAGAAAUUUAGUCAACCUGGAUGCAGUUUUACAGGCCUUAGGUAUAACCACCGUCGAAGAGAUGCAGAGUUUGUCUCGAUAUAUGUUGCGGUAUUGCAAAGUGAUGAGGGGAGUCAUGUCUGCGUUUGGUUCAGACGUGUCUGCUGGGAUGGCUGAGAUGAAUGUGAGCAUGACGGGAGUCAUCGGAAAAGCUGCUUAUCUGGACACUGGCUCUGAUGGUACAUCAGAACAUUCUCUCAGAAACAUUUCCGAGCUCACAGAUUCCGACUCUAAGGAGUGUGGUAUUAUUGAUCCUGCAACUUAUUGCGACUGCAAAACUGCAAAAGCACAGGCAAGGGAAGAGGCGGAACGAAAAAAGAAAGCAAAACUUAAGAAAGUCCGAGCCAAAAAAUCUCGCGUCAACAGGGAUGACGACCGAAGGGAAACGAUGCUCUCCAGAGCGUCGGCUUACAGCAACUUGCAAAUGGAGCAAGUUCCCUGUGAUGUGGUAUGUUGCAGCCCUUCUUCCCCUGGGGGAUCAAUUCUGGAAAUAAUUAAUGCUGCCGAAUCUGACAAAGAACUGGAAGAAAUUUUGGAUAGUUUGGAUACAGAACAAGAAGAAGGGGAAAAAUCUAUCGAACGAGGACCAUCCCAAGAUUCAGUGGUUGAUUGCUCAUUGAAAACCAGCAAAGCAACUGUCCUCAGUUGGCUAGAGUCUGUUGAUCGAGUAAAGAUGAUUGAAGAUUUGAACACCUUCAAUGACGAGAUAGGUCAGAGGUGCGACGAAAUGUUUGAAGAGGAGAAAGUUAAGCAACUGCAAAGGGAAAAACUUGCAGAGGACAAGAAAGCAAGGGCUAAAGCCUAUAGGGAGGAGGAACAGGAGGGUGAGGAGGAAGGCGAGGAGGAGGAGGAGGAAGAAGAGGAAGAGGAAACCGCAGAUGAUUACGAGGGAGAUGAGGAAAGUAACAAAACAGACGUCGAAAGCGGAAUCGACCAAUGUCCUACCCAACCACGACCGCGACGGUUGACGGCUGAGGAGAAAAGGGACCAAGAGAAAGCCGGAAUACUGACACUUGCUGUCAUUCAGUCAUCAGUUGUCGUCACUAAAGAACAAGACUCUGACAUUGCCUCUGAACAUGACUCGAGAACAAUUUCAAUCCAUUCCUUUGACAGCUUCACAGAUUCGAGUGACAAUUUUCUCUAUAUUGACCCACAAGAUGUGAUUACAGCUCUCAAAAAUUUUAUCGAAGAUUACAACAACAGAAAAAAAGUUGUUGUUCCAACCCUUGAAGAAAUUACGAGCAAAAAGUUGGCAAGGAUAAAGUACCCAAUGUACAUGCAGGUGGCCCAAUAUUGGGAAAAAAUUAUGACAUUAUUAAAUCCAAAAGGGAAGGAUUUAUGGGACACCGUUCAAAAUUGUUUCGAUGAAUACAAUAAGAUUUUAAAAGAGAGAAAUGAACAUGUACUCGAGAUUCAAAAAUAUUACCAAAACAAUUACGAAUUGGGUCAUUUGUUGCAAAAAUAUUUUCAAACCUCUCGUUCCUCGCGACAGCCCGAGUCCAGUCAAUGGAACGCAAGCAACAUGAAUUAUUGCUAACCUGUGGAAUAAACUUUAUGACAAUUAAUUAGUUAACGUGAUGAAUAAAACGGAUUAAUUGAGAAAUUUGAGAUUAUGGUUGAAAUUGAAAGAUUAUUAAAUUUUUGACUUUAAAAA